AUGCAACUUAAUAACCAGGAUAAAGUAUUUCUAGGAGCCUCUCUUGCAACUGCCGUAAUAGGAAUAGCCCUGAUCGUAAUCGGAUUCGUUUUCCGAUUUGGAGGAGGAUUCGGAACAUUUGUCACGUAUGCCCAACAAGACAAUGACUUCCUUGAGUUGAAAAGGUUAGAUAUGAUUUUCGGAUUGUUCGUCGCAGCAGCCGGAGUUCUCAUUCUUUCCUUCAUUGUAGCUGCCAUCUCUGUCCUCAAACACAACACAUUCCUCUUGAAAGUGUAUUGCGCCAUGAUUGCAUUGAUGAUUGUUGUCCAACUUGUCGAUGGUCUUCUGGCUUUCACGUAUUCUGAUCAAAUUAAUCAAUUGGCUUCCGAUGAUAUUAUGUAUGAAUCCUUGAACAAGACUGCCAAAAUAAGCCGUCCACCAAUCGGAACUCUUUCCAAUGAUGCCGAAACUCAAUUCUGGGCUAACACUCAAAAUACGUUCGGUUGCUGUGGAGUCUACAGUUCUGCCGAUUGGCCAGCUGCCUGGGGAGUUGCAGGAUCGACUGCAGAUUUGGAAGCUUUGCAUUGUUAUCAAAGGCAUUAUAAUGAUGGAUGCGAGAAAGUGAUCAGAAACCGUAUUUCAUCAGAUGCUCAAUAUCUCGGAGCUGCUUCGAUGGGAGUGCUAGUUGUCGAGAUCAUUGCAAGUUUCUUGGCUGGUUAUCGUGCGUACACAUUGGCCCAUCCGGAAUUCGAAGACAAAUAA